AUGUCUGAAGCUAUUGUUGAUGAAAUAUCUGGAGAAGAAUCUCAACUACCACCUAGUCAUUGUUCUAUCAAAAAAUAUUUAAGUUCAAUACGUGUUCAUAUAAUCACAUCUAUGUUUCUCGAGUCCUUGGAACCAAAACUAACCUAUAUAAAAACUAACUAUAUCAAGGAACAAUACAAAUAUGUUUCGAAAGAAGACUACAAAUCUAUGUUGGCUUUGUUGUGUGAGAUUGAAUUGUUGACUAAAAGGUUAAAACUUUGUCAUGAACAAAAUAUAAAAUAUAUGAAUGAAAUCGAUUUGUUGUAUAAAAACAAUCGUCGUGGUUGUGGUAGUGGUUAG